CUAACACCCACCCACCCCUCCCUUCGUCAUCUCAUCGUAUUCAACGUUUGUCUCACAGUCAUUUCUUGCUCAUCCACCACACCGAUCGCCAUCACCAUCGCCACCGCUGCUAGCAUUGCCGGUCGCCGUCGCAUCUUCUCCGCUGGCCGAUUUGUGCAGGUGAAACAUAAGAGAAGAAAUGAAUGCAUUCAAGGCCUACAAAGCAUGUGUCCCUAUUGCAUGGAGCCCCAACUUGUACAUAACCUUGGUGAGGGGCAUUCCGGGAACCAGGCGACUUCACAGGCGAACAUUAGAGGCAUUGCGCCUUCGCAAAUGUAAUCGAACUGUCAUGAGAUGGAACACUCCUACUGUCAGAGGAAUGCUUCAGCAGGUUAAGAGAUUGGUUGUGAUUGAGACUGAGGAGAUGUAUAAAGCCCGAAAACAGAAGGAUGCAAACCACCAAGCUCUACGUCCACCAUUUGUUGUGAGCCACGUCCCUGCCGCUGCAAGUGAUUCUUCUCAGUGACCUAUUCUUUGGAGAAUUUUAUAUCUGAUCAUGAACAGCGUCACGUGUGGAGCUGAUGCAGGAAGGUGGUGUAAGAAAUCCAGAUCAUUUUCCCAUCUAAGCACUUUUAUUUGAUUGUUGUUCAAGUCCAUGGCUAGAAUGUCAUUUUGGGUGUAAAAUUUUGGAGUUUAUGCAUAAUGUGAAGGCAGAAACUCUUUUCGAAAUUUAUAUGUACUGUAGUUUUGGCAGCCAUAGCAGUAACAAAUUAGAUGAUGGUAUGCAACCCAUAUGGCAUUAGAUAUUCUGAAUUCUGAAUCUUCACAUAAGAGCCAAAUCGAUUGUCUUGAUAUUCGCUUUUGUGGAGUAUACACAGAUGCAUAUUUAUCUUGAGCCA